AUGAAUUUCUGCUCUUCAUUUUACUUUCUUGUAUUUUUUCUUAUUAUUCAUGGAUUGAAAGACACGAAUGCAUAUGUCACCAAAAACAUCACUGUCGAUAGAGCAGUGGAUCAAAUGUUACUGAAGAUUGAAAGUGCAGUUCGUCAUCGGAACACAACAGAGUUCGAAUCCUUCUUCUCCCCAAAAUUCGAUUCAGAAUCAUGGUUCGAUCGCUACUACUCAGAACUUUCGGAGAGUCAGUUGCAAACUUUUGUGCUCCGACGUUUCGGCCAUGUGGAUGCUCGUGGUAAAGACUACAAGUUCAAGUUUUCCGAGUCUCAUAAUGUCACUGAUAAACUUCUGUUGCGUUCAUUCAUUGCAUGGACCAAAGGGACACCGACCAACCAGUUUGCAAUUCAGACGAUUCGAUACUAUGGAGAGUACUGA